AUGGCAUAUCAUCGUCCGCCGCAAUACGACGGAGAAGCUGAUCCGGUUCGCUUCGAGAAUUGGCUCGCAGAGAUGGAGAAACUUUUAGAGGUCAUUAACUGUCUAGCGCACCUAAAAGUAAAGCUGGCUUCCUUCUACCUAUCUGGUUCAGCAGAGUUAUGGUGGCGUUCUAUCAAGGCCACUAUGACUGAUACCUUUUGGGAUGAUUUCCUUAUAACUCUUCGUCAACAAUUCUAUCCGCCAUCACUCCAACGGAAAAAGGAGAAUGAGUUCUUACAUCUUCGUCAUGGUCUUAUGACCGUGAUUGAGUACAAUUGUAAGUUCAAUGAGCUGUCUCGAUUUGCUUCUGACAUUGUAAGCAAAGAAAGUGUUCGUGCAUCCCGCUUCUUCGAGGGUCUUAGUCUUAAGAUCCAAAAGGGGAUUGGGAAGUAUUCUGACUUCCGAGAUCUCUACGACCGAGUGCUUAAGUAUGAGAGGAUCCUUGACAAGGAGGACAACACCAACAAAAGAAAACUUGGUGGAGGAAACAACAACGGGAACAAGAGGCCAACCAAUUGGGAUCGCAAGAGGGUCAUGUUUCCACUAACUGCCGAGAAGGGAUCCAGUUGGGAGCUAGUAGUAUUGGUAAUUAUGGAGCUCCUAGUUCUUCGGGAAAUGUUCAGAGUAUUGCAGCUAGGAAGACUGUCGAUGAGAUUGUGUAUUGAUUAUAGGGAGAUUAAUAAGAUCACCAUUAAGAACCGUUACCCUUUGCCCGGAAUAGAUGAUUUGUUUGAUCAGCUAAGAGGCGCUCAGGUGUUCUCGAAGAUUGAUUUAAGGUCUGGAUAUCAUCAAUUGAGGAUAGCCAAGGAGGAUAUUUCUAAAACAGCAUUUCGGACUCGAUAUGGACAUUAUGAGUUUUUGGUGAUGCCAUUUGGGUUAACAAAUGCACCUGCAGCAUUUAUGGAUUUGAUGCAGAGGUAUCUUCGUCCUUAUUUGGAUAAAUUCGUGGUUAUUUUUAUCGAUGAUAUUUUGGUAUAUUCAAGGAGUAGGGAAGAACAUGAAGAACACUUGAGAAUGAUUCUAGAGCUUUUGAGAAAAGAGAAAUUGUAUGGGAAGUUUAGUAAGUGUGAGUUU